AAUGCCAAUUAAAGUUGAUGAAGCCUCUCUUGAUUUUUUUUCAAUAUCUCCCAACACCUCGAAGGCGUAAAGCUUUUUAUGAGAAAUGUUAAUUUUGCUUCUUUGCUCAGACGCUCUCACUUGUUUUCGCUUACGUCCGUCAAUGUUAUUGUUGUACUGGAUUCGAUUACACCUUACAGUUAUCCACUUUUCGUUUAAACAAGGACAUAAUAUUGUGGAAUCAGAAGAAACUGUGCGAAGAUUCAACAUGCCUCGCCUGUUUAACUCAUCAUCCAUUUUGUCAAAUUCAAGUUAUCGAGAAAAUAAUUCAAGCAGCAAAACAGAUCCUGAACAAACAGAGUUCCUUCCCGUGCCGUUGAUAGUAACUUUGUCCUUCAUGUGCCUGCUGAUUAUUGUAGUUAAUGGCCUCGUAAUCUUCUUGAUCCACAAAAAGGAAUCACUGAGAACAAUCACCAACAUGUUUCUUGCUUCACUGGCGCUUUCAGAUCUCAUGUCAGGUCUGGUGGGAAUUCCUCUUCUUGUCAUUUGCUUGGUGAGGGACCUAAUUAACGUCUGUGUGUCUUCGGCCAUUUUUAUUCGGUUCACCGCCAUCUCUUCAGUUUGCCAUGUUCUGCUCAUCAACUGUGAUCGUUACAUUUUUAUAGUUCACGGUAUGCAAUACCACUCUCUCGUAACCAAACAGCGAGCAAUCGUCGCCACUAUUGUUGUUUGGCUAUUUUCUUUAUUAUCUUCUGUUAUUCAAUUGUCUUGGUACUUAUUUUAUGAGAUUGCUUUCAGCGAAUAUGAGGAAAUAACAGAAGACUUAAACAGAAAGUAUAGCAUAGCUUGUAUUGUCUUGUUUUUUGCAGUACCUUUGUUGUUAAUGUGUUAUAUUUAUGGACGUAUUUUUCAAAUUUCUUGUAAAAGUAACAAAACUGAUCGUCAAGCCAGCAAGAAUCUUUAUCAACCUUCUCGAUCGUUACUUCAUGAGUGGCGCGGACGAAGUGUUUUGUUGAUCACAAUAGUGAUUUUCGCCGGUUGCUGGUUGCCCUACUUCGUGGCGAUGAUUGAUGACUACAUGAACACUUCAGAACAGUCUCCAAUGCCACUUUGGGCUCAGCGUUUGCUAUUAUUUCUUGGUUUUACUCCACCGAUUUUAAACACGAUCCUGUGCACAUUAGCUAAGAAAGAUUUCCGUCGGGCGUUAAAGCGAGUUGUACUCCAACGAAAAAAGAAUGUGUCGGCCAAUUUCAGUGUACACCAGAAACAAAUAAGUCUGAACAUUCCCUCCACUUGAAUCACUUUCUUCGAAGGAGUUAAAGUUCUCAUUCAACCACCUUACUAAAACAAGCCGCAAUACAGCCAUUCUUUGGAAUACCUCCGGAACUGGCAAAAAAUCACAUUCUGUAUGCUCGCGUAAUGAAUGGUCUUAUGCAAGACUGCGGCUAAAACAUGUUCUUUGUAUCCCUAUUUUUUCAGUCGGACUUGAAACACGACGAAACGGAUUUUAAGGCAACUAACUGUGAGGGCUAUCUUUUUCCUGGAUGUGGCGCUUUAACCUCAAUAUGUUGUAACACUGACUGGCCAAACAGGUCACAGUAAGCCUAUCUCUUUCAACGAGGGUUCCUAGGUUCGACCAUUAUUCUAGCGCAAAAUAAGGCAGGAAUCCUCUCUUCAUCCCACCUGGGGUCUGUGAAUAGUAAGGCCCAAAAUAUUCUCAUUUGAAUCAAGUCCUUCCUUGAGCAAUUUUAAUUUGCGCAAUCUCUAGCAAGAAAACCCUGAGAGGGCAAUUCUUAUCCUUACACAACUUUCAACUGAUUCUACUGUUUGCUUAUUUUUGUUUCAUAUUAUUUAUUUCAUUUGUGCUGAGGCCUUGCUUUAAAAAAAUGGUACUUUUUAA